AUGGAAAUCAAAGGCGGCUUUGCUCGAGGCUGGCUGCCGUCGCCAGUGAAGGAGCCCGACACGGAAAAACUUGGAGAGCCUUGCACAUUCUGGGGAUGUCUCAUACGACCAGAAGCUGUCUCAAGCACUGGCUAUCUAACCUGGCCCUUGGCAGUUAAUAGUCGGACACAAAAUGAAGGCCAUCCAAAAUGGUUUGUUCUGGGUGUUGGACAAGUCAUAAAAGGCUUAGAUAUUGCUAUGAUGAAUAUGUGUCCUGGAGAAAAACGGAAAGUGACAAUUCCUCCAUCAUUAGCAUACGGACAACAAGGAUACGCACAGGGCAAGAUUCCACCCAAUGCAACAUUGGUCUUUGAGAUUGAACUUUAUGCUGUAAAUAAGGGACCUCGUAGUGUUGAAGCAUUUAAUCAAAUAGACAAGGAUGGUGACAAGAAACUCUCUGAACUUGAGAUAAGCCAGUAUUUGAAAGAAGAAUUUGCAAGAGAUGGCAAAAAACGUCAUCCCUCUGCCCAUGAUGAAAUCUUAGCUGAUAUAUUUAAGAAGAAUGACCAUGAUGGAGAUGGCUUCAUAUCAGCAAAGGAGUACAAUGUCUACCAGCACGACGAACUCUAAGUACUUAAAAAAAAUAUUUGGCUGUUUUCUGGACACUGAAUUCUUAAUAAUAAUACUUUUUCAUGGAAUUUUUGUAUUUUUUUUAUAGUGGAAUCUUUUUA